AUGGCCCAUCUGCACACUCUGGGCUUUGGCAGCCAGAAAAGACAGCCCUUGUACGUCAAGGUAACCUGCACUGAUUCCAACCUCCUCAUGCAGAUCCUCGGGGACCUUGUCCAGAGUGCCAGGAGCCGGAGCAUUGGCAUCCUCCACCCCUCCUUCAACUUGGGCAGGCACAUCCAAAAAAGUCUUCAGAGACACCUCCCAGACAAUAUCCACAGGCUCAUCUCUGGCAAAAUGUGCAUUUCACUCACCAGGGUGUCUGAUGGGGAAAACGUGCUGGUGUCUGAUUUUCAGUCCAAAGACGAAGUUGUGGACGCCUUGGUCUGUUCCAGCUUCAUCCCUUUCUUCAGCGGCAUAAUCCCUCCUUCCUUCAGAGGCGUGCGAUACAUGGAUGGAGGAGUAAGUGACAAUGUCCCCUUCUUUGAUGCCAAAACAACCAUCACUGUGUCCCCCUUCUACGGGGAGUAUGACAUCUGCCCUAAAGUCACGUCGACGAACUUUCUUCACGUGGACCUAACCAAGCUCAGUUUGCGCCUCUGCUCCGAGAAUGUCUACCUGCUAAUGCGAGCACUGUUCCCUCCGGAUCUCAAGGAGCUUGGCGAGAUCUGCCUUCGUGGGUACUUAGACACCUUGAGGUUCUUGGAGGAGAGCGGCAUCUGCAACAGGCCCCAUCCGUGCCUGAAUUUACCCUCAGAGGAGUUGAAGACCCUUAAAUUCACCUGGGGACACAGGAGCCUGGAAUCUCCCCUGAGGGUGGCUACGGGGCGGACGAAGCCUGAGGGAGACGAGCUGCCGGACCACCUGCGUCUCAGCCUCCUGCCCUGGGAUGAGAGCAUCCUGGACACCCUGUCGCCCAAGCUCACUGCAGCACUGAGUAAAGCUGUUAAAAAACAACAUGGAUACGUGAGCAAGAUUUGCAACUUCUUACCGAUUAAGACUGGUGAUGUGGCUUCCAGAUAUGCCCGAGGACAUCCGGGGGCUGCAGUGGCUCACCUCGAGUGUGUGUUCGCGAGUGAUGACACAGCUCUUCCCCACCUCCAGAUCCCAGACACCAGCAAGCGGCCAACAGCCUUCCCCGAGGGACUUAUGAAGGCACUGCUACCUUCCCUGCUGUCCAGUAGGGGCCGGAGCUGAGGCUGCUUGGCAAACCUGUCCUGUCUGGCCUGGCUUUGGGGGGCUGGAGCUGGGAGGGACUCCUCCUUUCCCACUCCUCAUGCAGAAGCGUUCAUGAGGAGACAAGUCUAGGACAUUCUUUCGCAGGUACUUCCCGAUCUCUCUGUAGCUACGUCCACACUGGCAUUCGAUGCCCUGAUGUCUGUGACACACGGGGUCCUGCCUCUGUGCUGAAUUUAUAGUUUACUGAAACCAAAGGCAAUCUAGUGUUUUUAGGAAAAGCUAGGAAGCUACUUUUGGUGUAUGUGGUGGUCUAGAGCUUAAGGAAGUCUAACAUUUAAGCAUCUGGGUCUGUUAGCUUGGUUGGCUGGGAAAUGACACCAGGAAGCCCAGGAUGGAGGGGCCACUGCCAACUGUCUUGCCGCCCUCCCAGUGCAAUGUUCCUAGAAUAGCCUGUGUUGU